CCUCGCGUCCCGGCGAUGGAGGCGGCGGCGGCGGAGGGCGCCGAGCCGGGCGGCGGCUGCUGGGGCGGCGGGGAGGAGCCCGUGGUCUCCUUGGCGGAGGUGCUGGCGGAGAACGAGGAGCUCGAGAAGGAAGCGCGGGCCGUGCUGGGGGGCAGCGACCACGAGCGCUGCAGCUACUCCCAGGGCGCGGUGAAGAGGCAGGCGCUGUACGCCUGCAGCACCUGCACGCCGCCCGGCGGGGAGCCGGCGGGGAUCUGCCUGGCCUGCAGCUACGAGUGCCACGGCACCCACCGCCUCUUCGAGCUCUACACCAAGAGGAACUUUCGCUGUGACUGUGGAAACAGCAAGUUCAAAAAUCUGCAGUGCAAGUUACUCCCAGAAAAGGGGAAGGUGAAUUCAGGAAAUAAGUAUAAUGACAAUUUCUAUGGAUUAUACUGUACUUGUAAAAGACCUUAUCCUGAUCCUGAAGAUGAGAUUCCAGAUGAGAUGAUCCAAUGCAUAGUUUGUGAAGACUGGUUCCAUGGAAGGCAUCUUGGUGCAGUUCCCCCUGAAAGUGGAGACUUCCAUGAAAUGGUAUGCCAAGCCUGCAUGAAUCGCUGCCAUUUCCUGUGGGCUUAUGCAUCGCAGUUAGCAGUUCCUGCUUUGACCAAAGUGAACUCCCGUGAAGAUGAAGGGAUUGUCUUGAAGGCUGAGGAAAGUGAAGAGCAGAAAAAAGAAAUAAAAAAAGAAAAUGGAGCAGAACGUGAAGAAACGAAGGAGGAAAAGCAAACAGAACAGUUUAAUGAACCAUCCACUAGCUCUGGGUCUGCCUGUACAGAGGUAGUUACUAAGAGUGAGGAGCCAGUCUGCAAGCUGAAAGAACUCCAAAGCAAGCAAUUUUUAAAAAAAGAUACUGCCACCUUUUGGCCAUCGAACUGGAGAAGCAAAUUAUGCACCUGUGAAGACUGUUUGAAAAUGUAUUCGGAGCUUGAAGUGCAGUUCCUGACAGAUGAAUGUGACACUGUCUUGGCUUAUGAAAAUAAAGGUACCAGUGACCAAGAAACAGAGAGGAGAGAUCCUUUAAUGGACACCCUUAACAGCAUGAACAGAGUCCAGCAAGUAGAACUCAUCUGUGAAUACAAUGAUUUAAAGACAGAACUGACUGACUAUCUCAGGAGAUUUGCAGAUGAGGGAACGGUGGUUAAAAGAGAAGACAUUCAGCACUUCUUUGAAGAAUUUCAGUCACGGAAAAGAAGACGGACUAACAGGAUGCAGUACUACUGUAGUUAGACUGAGAGGGUUUGAGUCUGAAAGGACAACUGGGAAAACAACAUUCAUUGGCAAACAGAAGAGGCAUCUUCAGUAUUUGGCUUCUCAUCAAAAUCCAGCUGUCCAAGAAACAUCUUCAUUUUGUCUCAUACUUCCUUUAUUUGUAGUGACUAAAUUGUGCUCUUAACAGGUACAUUGCAUUUCUAGGGGUUUCAGUACUGAUCGACUUUGCAUUCCUGUGAAAGCUGGCCUCAUCUCAAGGGAGAGGACGCCUUGCACAAGAACAGCGUGCCACCCUUUAUUCCCUUUAGCCUUUCACCUGUUUUACUUUAGUGCCUAUAGCUGUAUGUUGCACCCCAGCCUGGGAGGGUCUGCCUGCCCACCCUCUCCUCUGUACAGUGCAGGGAAUACCCCCUCAGUGUGCUUUGCAGGACUGGAGCGUGCUGCUUUCCUGCUUUAAAAGGCUCUGUGUCAUCUCUUUGGGGUGUAGCGACUAGUGACGGCUCCCUGCACAAAGUAUGUGUCUAUUGACCACGCAGAGGGAGGCGCAGCUCUUUAAAGGGUAAAGCAGGCACGUGUUUUGGUUACGGCUGUUCAGUGAAAUUGCCUCCCAACAUCUUGGUUGCAUCAGGUGCACUGAACAGCCCUGCACUUGUGCAUGCUCACGCACCGCUGUGGCAGCGCUCCCUAGGCAGGUGAGAAAGGAGGAGCCAUAGGUUAAGGCUGAUGCAACAGAAUGUUCUCUGGUUUUAUAAAAUUCAAAAAUUUUGUUUCUGAUAUUGUACAGUGGUGUUUUACAUGCAAAAUAUUGUCAUACAAACUUUAUCCACUCUCUAGAAUAUAAACAAUAUCUAGGAGGAGGUACUAAAUGACAAAUGAAGCAUCAGGUGGGGGUGGCACAGGACUUCUAAUGGGCUUUGAUUUUAAAAACUAGCCUACUGCAAAUAAUUCUACUUCAUAAAUGUUCCUGAAAACACUGCAGCAUCCUGACAUUUUGCUACAGUAUGAGAUGUGUGAUCUUUUUAUGAUCACUGUGAUAAUAAUGGAACAGGAGAUGUUUCACUGACUUAAUCUACACUUAGCUACAAUUAAAUAUUGACUUUUCAUAAGUUUGGAGCCUAAUGUAGUUUUUAGUUUUUCUUAAAGUAUGUUUUGGGGUUUGUGGGUAAAGAAGUUCUAAUUUUUAACUCCUGCUUUAUGUAGUUGGAGGAUUUACCAUGGGGUAUUAUCCUGCUUUUGAGAAGAAAAAUCAGACCUUUAUCUAUCAUUCUCCCUGUUCGUUUUGGACCACUUUUUAUUUGCAAUAGCUAGUUCUAGCAUAGAGGCUCAGUUCAUUGGUUUGUUUCAUGCGAGAUGACUAGUUGCUUUUACAUUUAACUCUGGGUAUUGUAUGUGCUUUUUUUGUAGCAGCUGUUAGGGGAGUUGUACCUAUCUAACUACACUAUCUAAAAAUUAAAUGACUGUUCAAGUUAUAA